AGAUGUAAACCUGACAUUUGAGCAGUCGGUGAGCAGCGAGACCCGCUCUGAAACAUGCAGUACCACAACGCCCCAUCAGGAUGGACGUUUCUUCCUUUUUCACCCAGCCUGCCAGCCUCCGGAGCGCAGCGGUGCAGCAGGGGUCCAGGCUGUCCGCCGGAGCCGCUCUCAGCUCCGCCCGCUUCCUGUCUCCGUCUGCAGACGCGUUUUAGCGCAUUAAACCCGGCGGCACAAACAGGAGGAGUGGAAGCAGUGGGAGGGCUCUCUGCUGUGUUGUUGUGAUUUUUUUCUCCGAUAUCCUCUCCUUGUGGGUGGAAAACACUGGUGAGGAGCCACGCCACCCACUAAACAAGCCCAGACGCGCACCAACUGCUUCCCAACCCGGAGCGGAGCCCCGACACACGGCCGGCUGGGCGGACCAGAGGACGAUGGAACAUUUCGCCAACUGAAGGGUUUGACGACAGUGAAGUUGAGGACGGUGUUGGAUUGCAAAACAUCACAAUCUGCUCUGCAUUGAAACUACUACUGAAGCUACUGGCUGCUGGAUGCACUUUUCCAACAUGGAGACUCUUUCCCAGGACUCCAUUCUGGAAUGCCAGAUCUGCUUUAACUACUACAGCCCCCGGCGGCGACCCAAACUCCUGGACUGCAGGCACACCUGCUGCUCCGUGUGCCUGACCCAGAUGCGCAGCACCCAGAAGGAGAUCCGCUGCCCUUGGUGCCGCAGCGUCACCAAGCUUCCCCCCGGCCUGUCCGUCUCCCAGCUGCCAGAUGACCCGGACAUCAUCACUGUCAUCGCUAUACCUCACGCCUCGGAGCAUACGCCUGUCUUCAUCCGCCUCCCUAGCAAUGGUUGCUACAUGUUGCCGUUGCCGGUCAGCAAGGAGCGGGCGCUCGGCCUGCCGGGAGACCUGGGUUGCCGCUUUCUUCCUGGCAGCCAGCAGAAGGGCAUGACGGUGGUGACCGUGGCUGAACAGCAGCCUCUGGGCCUGGCGAUGGGCCUGGAGAGCGUCGGGCUGGACGGCAGCGAAGGCGAGAGGAGAGUUCCCGGCCCUGUUGGAGGAGGAAAGGGUUCCACAUGGUCCGGCGUUUGCACGGUUAUUUUGGUGGCGUGUGUGUUGCUGUUCCUGUUGGGAAUCGUGCUGCACAACAUGUCCUGCAUCUCCAAACGCUUCACUGUUAUCUCCUGCGGCUGAGGAGGUCGAUUUGACCUCCUGUGGACCUCAGUUGCCCAAACUCUUCUGAGGAGUGGAGACAUAGCUUAACAACACAGGAAAACCAGGCAACGAUGGAGUACUGAUGAGGGAACAACGAGGGCGAGAAGGAGAUUUACAAACUGUCUGUCAGCAUUGUUUGUUUUCAAUUAUGAAAACUGAAAAUGGAUAUUUUACACCAGCUAUGUGUUGGUUCAAAAAACUGCCACAUCUUUGUGUUUUCUUCAAGAACUUUCUGAAAGUCAGUGUGGAUCUGUUUUUAGACAGCUGAUUGUGUUUUCCUAGAGUGACGUAGACACCCAUUACACUCGAAGUGACUGGAACGCCUGUUUGCUCUGUGGUUUGUAAAAGUUCAUCAGUUAUCUGUGUUUUUAUUGGCCAUAUUGAGGCUUUGAGCGCUGUGUCUUGAAGGUGACCUAUUAUGCUUCCUUGAACAGGUUAGGAUAGGUCUAUGGUCUGUAUAAAAUAUGUUUGUUACUUUUGUUUGCACAAAGUCCUUCUUAUAUGAUGGGAUUUUAGUCUAUUUUGAGCUCCUUUCAUAAUGAGCUGUUUUAGGACGCCUUGUGACUUUAAAUCCAAAUAAGCUCGUGCUGGCUAUGCCCCCCAACUCAACAUUUAUACUCGCACAAUAAAAUGGCUGCAAACAGAUGCGUAAUUAUACAACCGUACAUAUUUGAAAAGCAGAAGUGGAGUCUCCUGUACAACCAAUAAUAAUGCAGCAAGUGGUUUCUGAAUGGUAAGUCAACAACUAAACAUUUUGUCUUUUUCAGCAGCCAUUGUACUGAUACAGUGAUGCAACCAGCUGAUCAAACAUCGUGGAGCCCAGCUUGGUUUGUGACGUUACAUUCUAGGUUUCAAAAUGGUUAAUUUUUCAAACACCAAAAAACAUCAACUUGGGAUUUUUUUUAAGCGCUUGUGCUGUUUUAGGAGCAAUUGAUACCUAAAUGAAAGAGUCAAAGCAUGCAAAAUGGAAAUUUUGCAUAAUAGAUCCCUGUUAAAAUCCAGAACAUGGACUAUUCUCGGAUUCGGUGGGAAUCAACAUCCACACCUUCCCAUUUGAUUUUCUUUUUUUUUCCUGUUAAAGAACCUGUAUAGGCCGAAUUGUUGAGCAGUAUAUUGUACAGCUGAACUAUACACAACUAGCUCUGAGAUGCUUUAGGAUUGUAAAAGUGUGAAUUUUUGUUUAAAUCAGACAAUAGAAGUCUUUUUACUGCUUUACUUAUAUUUUAAUUAAAAACAUUUGUUUGUUCAAGCCUCACAAA